AUGCAUCUUUCAAUUCGACGAGCAAAUCAAAAUCAUAUACAAAAAUUACCACAUAUUAACAAUCAUACACUUAUGAAAUUUGUUAAAAAUGAUGCUGAACGUGAUGGAGAUCGUAUAUAUUGUGUUAUUCGUGAUGUACUUAGUGGUUAUGAUGGAAAUGAAGAUAAAACGAAUUUUGUCGUUCUAUCAGCUGCUGGACAAGGACGUUUCUUAGCAAAUAUUUAUUCAAGCAAUAAUUUUGAUACUCGAAAAAUAUUAUUUGUUGAAGCACAUGGUACAGGUACACCAGUUGGUGAUCCAAUUGAAGCUAAUUGUUUAGUUCGAUUUUUUAUUCGAUCAAGUCUUGAUCCACCAUUAUUAUUAGGUUCAAUUAAAAGUAAUUUAGGAUAUACAGAAGGUGCAGCUGGUGUAGCAUCACUUAUUAAAGUUGCUAUGUGUAUGUAUCAUCGUGGUAUUACAGCAAAUAUGCAAUUUACUUCACUUAAUCCUAAAAUAGAAGCACAAAAAUAUAAUCUACAUAUUCUUCAAAAUUUUAUGCUAUUUCCAUCUCUUCCAAAUAAUGGAAAAAUAGCUAUAGGUGUUAAUUCAUUUGGAAUGGGUGGUACAACGACACAUGCUAUUAUUGAAGAAUAUCAACCAAAUAAAGCAUCAAUUGACAAUGCACAAAUCAAUGCUUUUCUUACUAAACAAGCAUUACCAGGCCUUUCAAUUGUAUCACGUCCAACAAAAGCAUUAGCAAACAAAAUAUAUUUUAUUUUUAGUGGAAAAGAUUCACAAUGGUGGGCUAUGGGUAGACUAUUAUAUGAAAGUGAACCUUUAUUUAAAUUAAUUGAAAAGAAAAAUGAACGAGAAUCUCGUAUUAAUGAUACAAAUAUUGCUCAACCAACAUUAUUUGCUAUACAAGUUGCAUUAGCAGCUUUACUUGUUUCAUGGAAUAUUUAUCCAUCAUCUAUAAUAUCACAUAGUGGUGGUGAUCAAGCAGCUGCUUUUGUUGCUGGUUGUUUAAAUUUAGAAGAAGCUGUUCGUAUUGAACAUUUAGCUUGUAUUACUGUUGUUAAUAGUCCUCGUUCAGUAACAAUAAGUGGUGAUGAAAAAACUAUUGAUGAAAUACAACAAAUACUUUCCAUAUCUUAUCCAAAUGUAUUUAAAGCACGUCUCCGUAUUGAAAAUGCAUUUCAUUCAUAUCAAAUGAAUCGAUUUAAUAUUGAACAAGAAAUGCUUUCAUCAUUGAAAGAUAUUCGAGGAUUUCCAAUACAAGAUCAAAAACAAAUUUUUGAUGCAAUAUGUGCACAAGCAAAACUUUAUUCAAGUGUUAUUGGUGAUAAAAUCAAUGAUAAUAUACCGGUUGAUGCAAUUAUAAAAGAUAAUGUAGCCAAUGUUUUUCUUGGAAUUUCAUCACAUGUAUGGCAACAAUAUUUUUAUACUCGUCAAAUUUUACCUAUGAAAAAUCAUGAAGAAUAUGUUGAUGAUUUUCCAUUAUAUAAAUUUCAUCUUAGCCCGAGUUGGUAUAAAUCAAAAGAUUCAUCUAUACAACGUUUAGCUAAUCGUAUACCUACUUAUCCAUUACUUGACAUUCAUGCAAUUCUUUUUCCAGCUGUUGCUUAUGUUGAACUUGCAACAGCUGCUUGUCAUCAAUUACUUUUAUCAAAAGAAGGUGAUCAACAACAACCAACAAUUAUUUUUGUAGAUGUUAAAUUUGUUAAAGUACUUAUUCUGAAUGAACAUGAAUUAGUAGAAGUAUUUACACAAAUAAUUAUGCCAAUGCGUAAAUGGUAUAUUAUAUUUUGUAAUCAAGAUAAUCUUAAUAAAUAUUCAUUAAAUCAAUUUACUUUACAUGCUCAAGAUAUACGAAGUGCUUAUGCACAUCUUUCAACACUUGCUUAUCAAUAUGGAACUAGUUUUGAAAAAAUCAAAACAUUAUGUGAUACUUCAACUACAGUUAUAUCUCAAUUAUCAAAUGAUGAUAAUAAUUGUUCAUCUUAUUAUUUACUUCAUCCAUAUCUAGUUCUAGUACCAGGUGUUGAAACAACAUUUCUUCCAGUACAUAUUCAAAAAUUUAUUUAUUCAAAUAAAACAAAAACAAAAACGAAUCAAUCAACAAAUGUUGAAGUACGUGGAAUCUAUCAUGAUAAUAGAUGUGAAGAAGCAAUAUUUACAUUAGACGGUAUUGUUAUUCAACAAGUUCAAGGUGCACAUUCUGGUCGAUGGUCAAUCGAAAAAACAAUUUAUGAUAAAUUAAAUCUAACAACUGAUUUAUCUAGUACUGAUCAUAAAACAUAUCUAGAUACAAUUAUAAAAGAUUAUUGUAUGAAAAGAGUAUGGAAUGAUUCACCAAUAAUAAAAGAUAUAUCACAUUUACUUCCACCACCUAAUCAAAUUCUUAAUAAUCAACUUAAUUCUAAUAUUAAUCAAGAUUUAAUUGAAUCAAAAGAACCAUUUAAUGAAUUAGCUGCUUAUUAUGCUCAAAUGGCAAUAACAGAUCUUGAUUUAAAUCAACAACAUCAUCCAUUAUUAAUAACAUGGCAUUCAACACAUCUUCGUCUUAUUCAAUUAAUUCAACGUUUUCCUCGUUUAAAACCAUUUUUAAUCAUAUUAAAUAAAUAUGGUUCACAUUUAAAAGAUAUUCUUAAUGGAGAAAAAAAUGGAUUAGAUAUAUUUCUUGGUGAUGAUGAAAUUAAACAAACUUUUCAACAAAUUAAAACUCUUAUAUAUGCAACUAAAAUACAACAAGUUUUUCAUACUAUUUGUCAAUAUUUACAAUUACAAUAUGAAAAACAAAUUAAAGACAAUUCAUUUGAAAAUUAUCGAUUAUGUAUAUUUUGGUUAACUGAUAAUUCUGAUCCAAUACAACUUGCAAAUGCUCAACAAACAUUUAAUACACAUAUAAAUAAUCGAACCAAUUUAUCUACUAUUUAUGAUGAAACAAUUGAUUUAUAUGAUAGUAAAACACUUGAAAAAAUACCAUUCGAAUCAUUUGAUAUUAUAUUUUCUGCAAAUCAACUUCAAGGAAAUCAAGAUUUAAUAAAUUCUUUAGUUGAUCUUCGUCGUUUACUUGUUCCUAAUGGUCUUCUUUUAUUACUUGAACUAGUUUAUAUUCCACUUUAUUUUGAUCUUAUUUUUUGUUUCUUUGAUCAAUGGUGGUCAUCAUCUGAUGAUAAUAAUCGUGCAUUAAAGAAUAUUCAACAAUGGGUGAUAUUAUUAAAACAAAUCGAAGGAUUUCAUAUUAUUGAAUCAACAUUAAAUCAAAAUGAAAGCACAUUAAUUAUUAAUACUAUUUGUUUUGGAAUAUCAGUUUUAUUAACUACUUAUAAACAAGUAUCUAUUAUUUUUGCAUGGCAACUUGAUCAAGUAUUAUUGAAUGAAAAUAAUGAUGACGAUUUAGCAUUGAAACAAAAUGAAGAACUUAUAUGUGGAACAUUAUCAUGUAUUCUUCAAACAAUUCAAAAAUCAUCACCAUAUUUUCAUCCAUUUGUAUAUGUUCUGACAGAUCAUGCUCAAUUUAAUAAUGAUUCGAAUCUUAAUAUAAUUGCAUUACCAUUUAUUGGGCUUGCACGAAGUUUAAUAACUGAAUAUGAACGAAAUCGAUUAAAACUUAUUGAUCUUCGAACAUCAUUAAAUAAUGAAUUAAUAUUUAUUCAUACUUUAAUAGAAUACAUGAUUAAUUCAAGAUAUUCAACUGAUACUUGCCAAGUUGUUCUUCGUCUUAAUCAUACAAAUCAAAAUGAAGUUCAACAUUUAACAUGGCAUUACGAAAUGUUACAAAAUAAUGAUGAACAAAAGAAAUCUAAAUACGAACAAAUAUCUAUUAUUUCUAAACGAAAUGCAGAUCAAAAACCAUUUCGUCUUUGUGUACCACGAUCUUGUUUUCUUUCUGAAUUAACAUGCAUCGAAGAAGAUAAAACAUUUGAUCUAUUUGUUCAACAUAAAUUAUAUGCUGUUGAACCAACAGUUACUUAUGAACCAUCUAAAGUAAUACAAGCAUGGUUAAGAUGUAAUAGUGGUCAAGUUAUGGGUACAACAGCUAUUCGUAUAACUUCAUCUGAUCAACCACCGAAUAUCAACAAAAACCAAUCGAAUAAUUUAUUAAAAGAUCGAAAGCUCUACUAUGUUACUUUGAAACAUAACAAAAUCUUGAAAAUGGGUGCGAAUGUUUACUUGGAUAACCAAAUUUUUGAAGAAGAUGGACAAUUAGUCAUCCGUUGGGAUCAUGUAGAAAAUUUAUUUCCCACGUCGAUGAUUGAUGAUAUGCAAAGUGUGUUCAUUGAUCUUAUUACACGACUAGCCACAUCAAGUGAGAUGUGGCAAGAGUCAAUUUCUAUAUUAUUACCAGUUGGACAAUUACAAAGACGAUUCAUUUUCACCGAAACAAAAUGGACGUCUAGGAUGGAAACACAACUACUUCACACUUUAGUUAUUGAUCAAGCACAACAAACGCCUAAUACUUGGGCAGUUAUAUCAUCGCAAGAAAAUCUAACGUACGAACAAUUAAUGAAUCGUGUUUAUUCAUUAGCAUACCAUUUGCAACAACAGCAUGAAAUAAACUCCAAUCAACCUAUUGCUAUUCUCAUGAAAAAAGGUUGGGAACAGAUUGUGGCUUGUUUAGCUAUCUUAGUUUCAGGUGGUGCUUAUUUACCUUUGGAUGUUGACUCACCCUAUGGUCGUCUCUGUUCAUUAAUCGAAGAAACUAAUGUCACAAUUCUUCUUACACAAUCUCAUUGUCAACAUGCAUUUCCACAUCUAACCACUAUUUCAGUUGAUACACUCACAACUAAUGACAAUUAUCCAACACCUUUUCCUAUCAAACAACAAUCAUCAACAGAUUUAGCUUAUGUUAUUUAUACAUCUGGAUCAACUGGAAAACCAAAAGGUGUUAUGAUUAGUCAUCAAGCUGUUGUAAAUACUAUUCUUGAUAUGAAUUCAAGAUUAGAAAUCUCAACUAAUGAUAGAAUAUUUGCAUUAUCACAUCUCAAUUUUGAUUUAUCAGUUUAUGAUAUCUUUGGAAUAUUAAUUGCUGGUGGAACUAUAGUAAUUCCAGAUCAUGAAGAUUAUAAAAAUCCUCAACACUGGUAUGAUAUGAUAAUUAAACAUCAUGUCACUAUUUGGAAUAGUGUUCCAAUGUUAAUGCAAAUGUUUGUUGAACAUCUUAAACAUACAAGUAAUCAUAAUCAAUUACGACAUAUCUUAUUAAGUGGUGAUUGGAUACCAUUAUCUUUACCUCAAUCAAUACAAACAACAUUUGGUGAACAAGCAACAAUAACUAGCUUAGGUGGUGCAACAGAAGCAUCUAUCUGGUCAAUUGCAUAUACUUUACCAAAAGAAAUACCACGAGAAUGGAAAUCAAUUCCUUAUGGAAUACCAUUAAGAAAUCAACAAUAUUAUGUUUAUGAUCUACAUCUUGAUGAUUGUCCUGAAUGGGUCAUUGGUGAAUUAUAUAUUGGUGGUGUAGGUUUAGCUAAUGGCUACUGGAAUGACCAAGAAAAAACACAAUCAAGUUUUAUUAUUCAUCCAUUAACUAAUGAACGUCUCUAUCGAACAGGUGAUUAUGGUCGAUUUCUACCAGAUGGAUAUAUUGAAUUUAUGGGACGAAAAGAUUUUCAAGUAAAAGUACAUGGUCAUCGUAUUGAACUUGGUGAAAUUGAACAUCAUUUACAACAACAUCCAGAUGUUCAUCAAGCUAUUGUUAAUAUUGAUGACAAAUCUCAACAGUUAAUUGCAUAUGUUAUGUCAGAAAAAUAUUCUAUUCAUAAUGAACAAUAUGAUCCUACAGAGACGUCAAUCGUUGAUCCUAUUGAACGUGUCAAUUUCAAGCUUGCAAGACAUAGUAUAAGAGAUCAAAAGAAGGUAGAAAAGAGCUUUGCUCUAACAAAACCAAAGAUUACAGAAUCAUUAAUUAAUACAUAUUAUAUGAGAAAAAGUUAUCGACAAUUUACGACUGAAAUUAUUGAAAGAUCUACUAUCGAAAAGUUGUUAAAAGACUGUCACAAUAGCAAUAAUCACGAGAAAAUAUCUUUAUCAUACCUCGGUUUUGAUAUUCUUAGUCAAUUAUUAGCAGUAUUAACACCGAUCAAUAUUUCUGAUCAACCUUUACCAAAAUAUCGUUAUACGUCAAUUGACGAUCUUUAUCCAGUACAAGUAUAUGUUGAAUUACCAACAUCUAUAGAUAAUAUUUUGCCUGGUGUUUACUAUCAUAAUCCAGAUGAACAUCGUCUAGAACUAAUUAGUACUCAUAUCAAUAAUGACAUGAUGAAUAUAAGAUUACAUCUUGUUGGACGAUCAUCAACAAUUGCACCGCUAUAUGGUAAAAGAUUGGGUUCUCAAUUUUGUAUCCUAGAAACAGGAUAUAUUAUGGGAUUGUUGGAAAAAGAACGGUUAAGACUGGGAUUGACAUUUUCAAAAAAUAUUCAUAACGAAUCUAUAACUUGUGAUAUUUUGAAUAUAGAUGAGAAUGAUACUCAUUGUUGUUUCCAACUUUCAUCAUUUGAGGAAAAUAUUUCUAACAAUGUACAAAAUGACAAUUAUCAAUGUGUUAUUUAUCUAAAAUCGGUCAACAAUAACAAAGACCAGUGGUUUAUUUAUAAUAAAGAAAAUGAUAUUGUUACACCUUUUGAUAUCGAAACUGCAACUACACAAGAGGAAAUACCACUGCUCUUUGAUGAUGAUAAUGAUACGAAGAUUAUAUUCCAUGAUUGUCAAGGUGCAAUCUUCUUCACCGGACGAUCAGAAUGCACAAUGAAUAUAGGAAAGAUGUCACAUUUAUUAAUGGAUCAUUGUCUAGAAAUGAAUAUCGGUAUGUGUCCAAUUGGCACUCGUACGAGUUUUCCAAAACAAAUUAAUGAUAUAUUAGAUACUAUUCUUAUUCAAGAGAAAUUAAAUGGAAGUAACAUAUUACAUACAUUACUUAUUGGAAAGAUUAGUAAUAAACAAAAACGUGAACACACUAUUUCAAAAGUAAAAUCAAUGCCCAGCGGGAGUGAAACAUUACGAAUAUAUCUGAGGAAACAGCUUCCAAUUUAUAUGGUACCAUCACAUUUUAUAAGUGUUUCAUCGUUUCCGUUAAGUUCAAAUGGUAAAAUCGAUCGAAAAGCUUUACCAGAAAUAUCACGAUCAGUGCUUCAACAAGAAGAUACCUAUAAUGCACCAAAUACUGAAUUAGAGAAGACAAUUGCGAAUAUUUGGCAAGAAAUAUUAUACACAAAUCGACUUACUAUACAUCAUGAUGAUCCAGCUAUAAAUGUCUCUGGUAUAGACAGACAAACAUCUUUUCUUAUAUCUACUACAACUAGUUUCUUCAGCGUUGGCGGCAAUUCUCUUUUACUUGUUAAUAUCUAUCAACGUUAUCAAUCGAAAUUUAAUUUUGAAAGAGAAGCAUUGAGUAUUCGAUCUUUGUUUGACUAUAACACUAUAAUGGAACACGCAAAACUACUUGAAACAGUCAUUAUUGAUGGCGCACCACUAGAACAAUGGCAUACGCUACAUAUUAAUGAAGGUAUCGCAUCGUAUGCUCAAGAACGCAUAUUUCUUGAUGAACAAGUUCGUUUUACUAACCAAAUUGCCAUUUACAAUGAGCUGCUAGUCCAAAGAGUGGAGAAAGGCUUCUUAUCAGUGAAUCGUUUAUUACAAGCUCUUCGCUAUGUCCUACGCAAACAUAAGAUAUUAAGAACUUCUCUAGUUUUCAACGAUGAUGAUAGUAUUUUAAAACAAUAUGUGACUGAUAAACAUCUGACAUUUACAUUGGCCGCCGAUCAAAUAUUUCAAGAUGAAAAUGAACUUCAGAACAUUAUUUAUCAAAUGACCAUCAAUCCUACACUCUUUGAUUUAUCAACUGGUCGUGUUUUUUAUUGUCAAAUUCUUAGACAAAAGACGACACCUGAUAAAAAUCAUGACAAAGAGAUUAUUACAAAUUCUGAUGUUCUCGCUAUCGGCUUUCAUCAUGUUGCAAUUGACCAUUCAACUUUCCCAAUUUUUUUCAACGAUCUAUGGAAUAUUUACAAUAGUCACGUGACGUGGUUAGAUGAUGAAGAAUCGUUACAAUAUAUUGAUUAUGCUGUCCAUGAACGUCUCAUCGAUAUGACGAUGUCACGUGAGUUUUGGCGUUUACAACUCGAAGGAUGUAACUUGAAACGUCAAUUGUCAUUACCAAUUGAUAAGCAUUUUUUAUCUAAUAAUAGACGAUCUGGUUUUGCUUCUAUCAAGCAAAUCACUUUUGACAGAAAAAUAUCCUCAUCAUUUCUUAAUUAUGCUUCUUUACAUCAUUUGACACUAUUUCAACUCGGAUUGGCCACAUUCUAUACGUUUUUAUUCAAGUUAACAUAUAGUCAAACUGAUUUAUGUAUCUCAUGUCUUCACGCUAACCGAUACAAAUCUGAAUUACAGACUAUGAUAGGAAUGUUUGCUUCAAUAUUACCAUAUUGUAUGCAACUUGAUCCCUGCUGGUCAUUUCAUGAAGUUACUAAACAUGUACCAGAAAAAUGUUUAUCAAUUCUUGAACAUUCUCAUUAUCCACUUCAACAUAUUCUUCGUGAUCUUCAUCUUAAUCAAUCAACUGUUCCUUUUCUUCAAACAGUUUUUGAUUUCAUGACUGAAUCUUCAGUUAGUGAUCAGUUUACUUUCGAUGAUGUUAGUUUACAGCCAGUAUCAUUAAAAGAGGUUCCGGAUUUGCCUAAAUUUGAUUUUACGUUGACAUUUUGUUACGACCCAAUCUCGGAUGACAACAUAUUAUCAUGUCGUUUAACUUGUUCACGUGAUCUAUUUGAAGAUACGACAGCUACAAAAAUGAUACAAAGAUUUCAAUAUCUUUUUGAACAACUUUUUUCAGCGAAUUUUAAUAUUAAUCAAAAUGAUUUAGCAGUUUCACCUAUUGCCAUACUUACCAUUAUCUUACCAGAUGAAGUGAAUGAAAUGCAACAUGCAGCUUUUUACCAUCAAUCAAAUGUAAUGAAUGAAGCACCAGCAUCAUUUGCACAAGCUCGUAUUUUGCUUGAUGAACGAAUUCGAUUCAAUCCAGACCAGCCUCAAAUAGCAAUCUAUAAUAUGCCUUUUGUUUAUCGUCUCCAACCAGGUCAUACUUUAUCGAUUAAACAACUACAUCACGCUCUUUACCUCACUGUCGACAAACAUCUCUCACUCCAUACAUCACUUCAUUUUGAUAUUGAAAAGAAUCUACUUAUGCAACGAGCUAUUAUUCAUGAGAAUGAAAAUAAAAAUAAUAUGUUUUCAAUCAUCGAAACUACUUAUGAAACAGAUGAACAACUAAAUGAGAUUUUACACGAUGAGAAACGUAAUCCUCAUCUUUUUGAUCUUGCUCAAGGUCUUGUCUUCCGAUGUCAUAUUAUUUAUUUCAAACAAAUCUCUUCAACUCAUUUUCUUUCCGAUAAAGAUAUACUUAUCUUUAAUUUUCAUCAUGCUUUAUUUGACUUUUCAUCAAUGGAAGUAUUUCUUUAUGAUCUCAAUCAAGCAUAUACAACAGGUCAAUUAUCACAUGAUGACAACACCAAUCUACGUUAUCUCGAUUAUGCUGUUAUUGAACAACAAAUGUCAAUGACUGGUGCAAGUAUGUUUUGGCUUGAUACUCUUCAUGAUUGUAAACUUGAUCGACCUUUAUCAUUACCAUAUGAUCGAUAUCGUCUCUCAAAUGAACAUCGGACUUUUCAGACAACAUCUAUUUCUUUUGAUUUUGGUCAAGAUCUCUCUCAUGAUCUUCUCAUCCAUGUAUCAUCAAAUAACAUAUCUCUUCAACAUUUCACAUUUGCUGUUUACUUCAUCUUUCUAUUUAAACUAACUAAUGGAGAAACAGAUCUAUGUCUGGCUAUGAUCAUCAAUAAUAAUCGAUAUAGAGAUGAACUCAAGUCAAUCAUUGGACUGUUUCAGAAUGUCAUUCCGUUACGAUGUCAGCUAGAUCCUCACCGGUGUUUUCAUCAAUUGCUCAGACAUGUUCAAGAGACAACAAGCAAUAGUAUGAAAUAUUCAUAUUUUCCACUUCAACAUAUUCUCGAUCAACAUCCACAUAUUUCAAAACAUGCAUUUCUCGAUACAUCACUAGAAUUUCUAUCAUACGAGAAUAAUAAUAAAGUGAUGAUUGGUGAUUCUCAACUUCUUCCAGCAUCUUUCUCAUUCAACACUAAUGAAGAUGAGAUAUUAAGCGCAUCCGACUUCUCUCUUUCUAUCUAUCAUGAUUUGAACAUGGAUCAACUAUCAUGUACAAUCAAUGCAUCACUUGACUUGUUUAAUAUUGAGACAGUGGAUAAGAUUUCACAACGAUUUCAUUUCAUGUUACAUCAAUUAUCUGCAUCUGUUAUUGAAAAUCAAAUGAACAAACCUAUCUAUGAACUAUCAUUUACAUUAUCAAGUGAACAAUAUCUAAUGCAAUCAUUGAAUAAUACACAAAUAUCAUUUCCAUCUUCUCCUUACACUUGUAUUCAUCAUGAAUUUGUAUAUCAAGUAAUGAAACAUCCACAAAAACUAGCUGUUGAAUUAGAUGAACAAUCAUUGACAUAUGCUGAACUUCUGUAUUAUGUCCAAGUAUUAUCUUUACAUCUUAUAAAUAGAUAUGCUGUUGUUCCAGGUGAAAUUAUAUGUCAGUGUGUCGAGAGAAGUUUGUCGAUGGUUAUUGGUAUGAUGGCGAUUGAAAUGAGUGGUGGUAUUUAUUGUCCGUUAUCACUUCAUGAUCCACAACAUCGUCUGCAUGCACUUGUAGAACAAACUGAAAGUCGUCUUGUUCUUGUUUAUCAUCAGACGAAAGUGAAGUUUAUUGAUAAUAAUAUACUUCUUUAUAUUGAUUCAAUAUUUACUGGCAAAGGACAAGAAGAAACAAUCGAUCUCGGUCGACUAUCAGAUAUAUCAGUGACACCCGAUAGCAUAGCUUACAUCAUUUUUACAAGUGGUUCAACAGGAAUACCAAAAGCUGCUCAAAUUCAACAGCGGAAUGUCAUUCAGUGUAUGCAUUCUAUGGUUUCUAUUGACGCAGUUAAUGAUAAUGACAUAGUUGUACAAAUUGCACGCUGUUCGUUCGAUGUUCAUGUUCUUGAUAUCAUAGGAACACUGAUAAUUGGUGGAACUUUGAUUAUGCUUCGCCCUGAUGGAAUUUUCGACCUUGACUAUUUUACUUCCGUCUUAAAGAAAAAGCAAACCACUUAUAUUCAAGCUGUUCCAAGUCUACUCCGAACAUUUUUCACAUUUCUCAAAGAGAGUCAUCCGUUAACGGCUGCUACAUAUUUCAGAUCCAUUUGUAGUAGUGGUGAGCCUUUCACUGUAGAUCUAAUUAAUUUAUUAGGAAGCUAUAUCACAGAAACAUGUAAUAUAUGGAAUUUAUAUGGUCCAGCAGAGACAAUAAUCUGUACAUACCAUUAUGUUCAAUCACUGACAAACAGAACAACAGUUCCGAUUGGUCUGACAAUGCCUAAUUAUCAAUGUUUGGUCUUUGACCUACAUCUGCAAAGUGUUAUUAUUCAUCAGGAGGGUGAAUUAUAUGUUGGGGGAGUAGGAGUGUUUGCAGGUUAUCUUGAGCGUAACGAUUUAUCAGCAAAAGUGUUCAUCAAAAUUAAUGAUCAUGUAUUCUAUCGAACAGGUGAUCUUGUUCGAAUGGACAAUAAGGGAUUGAUACAUUAUGUUGGUAGAAAAGACUAUCAGAUAAAAUUACAUGGACAACGAAUUGAACUUGGUGAAAUCGAAAGAUGUUUACUUAACAUAACAUCCAUAUCUGCUUGUGUUGUCAUGAAAUACAAUGAUGACUAUUUAGUUGCUUAUGUUCAAUCUUCUUCUCAAAUCAAUGAAGAAGAACUACGUCAACAUUGUCAAUCUCAUCUGCCACCACAUAUGAUACCAUCUUUUUUUAUUAUACUUGAUAAACUACCUUUGAAUUCAAAUGGAAAAAUAGAUCGAAAACAGCUACCACCACCUAAGUUUUCAUCGUCAACUGAUAAUAUUGAUGAUAAUGUGCCGCACACCACCUUAGAACAACAGUUACAAGAUAUAUUUAGUCAAGCUUUUCAUAUUGAAUCUCCUCAUGUUGAAGUUCCUUUUGGUCAACUUGGUGGAACAUCGCUGGGUGCUAUUCUUACACUUACAUUGAUUCGUCAACAGGUAUGCAACAAGGUUGACAUUGGUCUUUUAUUUACUAAUCCAUCUAUUCGACAAUUGGCUCAAGCUAUAGAACCUUUGUUAGUUUUUGAAGAACUACAAGAGACAGCUUCCACAAUCAAUGAAAUUCAUGAAACAGAUGUUUAUCUGACACCUUCGUUUGUGAUAGAAUCUUUAGGUAUUGCACUCCUUGUUUGCCAGUGGUUGUUGCCAAUCAUAAUAAUUCAUCAAUGGUGUCCACUUCUUUUUCCUAUCUUACCAAUAUGUCAUCUUUUAUUCUAUGUCAUAUGUUCACGUCUACUUUCACUGCAAAACAUCAAAGAUGACAAUAUUUUCUCUUGGAACUAUUAUCGUUGGUGGUUUUUAGAUCGACUAUGGAAUAACAAUACAUUUUGGCUACAACAUAUACUUGGUACACCUUUGUACAAUUGUUAUCUUCGCCUUUGUGGUGCUCGGAUAAAUCUGAACGCACAUAUUUAUACCGUUACUAUUGAUGCUCCAUGGUUGUUAGAUAUCGGUGAUGGAACUUGGAUUGCUGAUAAAACGACUCUAAACUCUUUAUAUUACAACGAUGACUAUACUUUUGCAUUACAUUCAAUUCGAAUUGGUUGCUAUUGUUCAAUCAGUGCCCGAUCAAUUCUGUUUGGUGGAGUUGAUAUGCAAGACAAUAUUACUGUUCAGCCUGUGUCAUCAGUCAGUGGUUUUAUCGCAUCUCGAACGAUUAUCGAUGGUGACGAACAUAAAUCGGUUCCAUUAGACAUUCCAGUCGCAUAUAAUAACCGAUCAUUAUCAAUAUGGCACAAAAUCUAUCAAGUUAUUGUGCUCGUCUCAUUGAUCUGCAUUCAUUGUACCCUUUUAGCUAUUGUCUACAAAGUUUAUUCAGUUGAACAAAUACCACUACCCAUUAGUAUUCCUUUUUGCUGGACUUUGUGGUCAAUUAUUGCUUGUUUUAUCACUCUCUUUCUCUUGAAAUUUGUAGUUGGUUCUUGUACUGCUGGUGAAACAUAUCCAUUUGCAUCAUGGUCAUAUUUACAUAAGGUGUGGCUUCGUCAAUUAAUUGUAUCUAGUUUUCGUCAUUCAUGGUUACUACCAGCUGGAUAUAAUUAUCUCUAUCCUUUUAUUUUACGUUGGCUAGGUGCUCAAGUUGAAGAUGAUGUCAAACUUGCUAAUAUAGACAUCUUCUUGUCCUAUCCAACAAAUCUAUUAAAAAUCGAAACAGGUGUCACUAGUUUUGCCAGGGUUUUAUUAGUUCCUACUGAGAUGACACUUGAGGGUGACCACCGUGUGAAUUGUAUAACAUUCGGAUCUCAUACAAAUCUUGGUAAUGUGUGUUCAAUUUUGCCGGGUAGUCAUCUUGCAUCUCAUACUAUGAUUGGCACUUUAACGCGUAUCACUCAAGAAACGAAUAGUAACAAUGGAGAUGUUGUCUUUGGUGUUCCAGCUCGUGCUAUGCCAUUUCAAAUGCCCAUUAGAGAAACAAUGGAAGAUCCAAUUACACCUAUCCCAUUUUGGAAGACAUGUUUUUCUCAUUAUAUUAGCAAAUAUCUUCUCAUAGGUAUCUAUUGGUCAUGUGGUCUAGUUAGCGGACCAAUCAUUCAUACAAUAAUUGUAUGCAGUUUAUAUCGAUGGAACUCACAUACACAUAAUGAAAUAAUAAGAAAACUACAAGAAGAUUAUGAAUUGUUUAUUUGUUCAUUUCUUGGUAAUACACAAUGGCUAAUUCGGCUAUUUCGAAUAUAUGGUGCGAAUAUCGGCAACAAUGUGAUUUUAUCUGAUGUUUAUUCUAUUUUUGAUUACGAUUUAGUGACAAUUGGAGAUCAUGUUAAACUUAAUAUCAAUGCUCAGAUUGUGUGUCACACUUUUGAACAGCGUAUUUGGAAAGUAGCUCCUGUUACAGUAGGCGACUCGUGUAUACUUAUGAGUGGAUCAAUUGUGAUGUCGGGUUGUAAAUUAAUGGGCAACAAUCGGCUUUAUCCUUUUACACUCGUAAUGAAAAAUGAUUUAUUGCAACCGAAUACACAAUGGAAAGGACAUCCUGCACAAUCUUAUGUACCAAAAUCAAUAUUAUCUCGAUCGGCACCCGAUUGUGAUGAUGUCGUCAAAUGUCAACAGAAAUCUAAGAACUUUUAUCGAUUGUCUUCGUGGUAUGAACAAAUUUCGAAUGUCUAUAUGAAUGUCAAUGAACUACAAUUUAUGAAUUGGGGUUAUGCAGAUUUGGAUGAGCAUAUUGAUGACAAUACUGGUUAUUAUUCGAAGAAACUCUAUCAACAAGUUCUUGCUAAUGUAACACUUACAGAUAAAAGUAUACUCGAAGUAGGUUGUGGUAGAGGUACUGGUGCUGCUUGGUGUGCUCGUACAUAUGCUCCUCGUUCUUAUGUUGGAAUGGAUCCUUCUCAAGAUGUCAUUAAUUUAUGUCAACGACUUUAUUCGACAACUCCUCGACUUUCCUUCGUGGUAGCUGAUGCAACAAAACAUUUACCAUUUGCAAAUGAAUCAAUUGAUAUUAUUCUUUGUAUUGAAACAACACAUGCUUUCGACGAAUCAAUAGCAAUCGCACAGUUUGCUAAUGAAGUCACUCGUGUACUUCGUCCAAAUGGAUAUCUUCUAUGGUGUGAUGUUUGUUACAUGAAUGGAUCAGGUAUAUCAGUUUAUGAUUUGAUAGCAAAUGGCGAAUUAAUUAUUGAAGAAAAGAUUAAUAUUACAAGGAAUGUUCUUCAUGCACUUGAUAUUCAAAAUGUGUCUCGUACUGAUUUCAUUCAACGUUAUAUUCAACCUGAAGAACAAGAAUAUUUUCGUCAGUUUGCUGGAUUACCCGGUACUCAAGUUUAUGAAGACAUGAGCCAAGGACGUUCAGAAUAUUGGCGAGUUGUAUUUCGAAAGAAGACAACAACAAAUAUGCCUAUCAUCUGA